GCCGACCCAACUUCCUCGCAAAAGCUUCCCACUGCUUCUUCUCCACCACGACAUAACCUACAACCUGUCUCUCCGCUCACACUGAACACGCGAACAACCAUGUCAGCCAUCCGUGCGAUGAUGCGGCCUUCCAUGCUGAGGGCACAAGCCCCUCGCGUUGGACAGGUUCAGCACCGCUUCAUUGCCAUGAAGCCAACAACACGCAUGAUGCGACCUGUGCCGAAAGAAGAGCACAGCGCUCACACUAUCUCACAACGCCUUCGAAGCUUGAAGAAGAUUCCUCCAGAAUUGAUCCCACUUGGUGUUGUCCUCGGGUAUGCCCCUCUAAGAAGCCCUUCGCCUGUCGGCCCCAGUUCUAACCGACUUACCACUCAGCUUCGCCAUCACCAUCGCCAUCUACUCCUCCAUUCGCAAAUUCUACACUGACCGAACUCUACGCCUCAGUAGGCAGGGUAAUUCUGGGCACGACUAAGUGUCCUCCGCUGAUUUGUGAUGGACCGGUGGAUUCAUCCGAGAAAUUGUAGACAAAGCUUCGUGUAAAUAGCAUCUCUCAAAAUGUUGACGCCCCGGCAAUAACAAACAACACACAUGAACUUGACCUUUCAUUCUUCAUUCUGGUUUCGGACCCGCAAUGUCAAGUCCUUCAAGCCCUUGCAUAGGAUCUAUAAACCCAUUCUGGUGACUUGCUGCCACCCGGUCCUCUUCGCUGACCGCAUGCUUGGCCAGAUAGCCUUCCUAAAUGACAUA